CCCCGUCGUCCCUCCCCUCCCCUCUCCGUCGUCCACCGCUGCCACUGCGAGCUCGGCUCGUCUCGCCUCUCGCGCCAGACGGGACCCGCGUUGCCUCGCCGUCCCGCGCGCACCAGCCCGGCCGGGGGAAACCAUGAACUGCCUCCAGAACCUGCUCAAGGAGCCUCCAAUCGUGGGAUCCAGGUCGAUGAGGCGGCCCUCUCCGCUUAAUCUGGCGAUGGUUCGCGGCGGCAGUCGCCGAUCAAACACCGUCAAAACUUUGCAGGCACCAGGGGCGUCCACUUCCGGUGCCGAGAGCAGCGCCGUCGAGAUGGGCACCGAGAAGUCUGAAGUGUACAGCACUAACAUGACGCAUGCUAUGGGAGCAGCGUUGACAUAUAGACAUGAACUUGGAAUGAACUACAAUUUCAUACGCCCAGACUUGAUUGUAGGAUCCUGCUUACAGAGCCCACUUGACGUUGAUAAGCUUCGGAAGAUUGGUGUAAAAACUGUAUUCUGCUUGCAGCAAGAUUCAGAUCUUGAAUAUUUUGGAGUUGACAUCGGAGCCAUCCAAGAUUAUUCUCUACAAUUCAAAGAUAUUAUGCACUGCCGUGCUGAAAUUAGGGAUUUUGAUGCUUUUGAUUUGCGAUUGAGGCUUCCUGCUGUGGUUAGCAAAUUGCACAAGCUUGUCAACUGUAAUGGCGGUGUAACAUAUAUACAUUGUACUGCUGGACUUGGAAGAGCUCCUGCUGUUGCAUUGGCUUAUAUGUUCUGGAUUCUUGGGUACAGUCUCAAUGAGGGACAUCAGCUGCUGCAGAGUAAAAGGGCUUGCUUUCCGAAGUUGGAAGCCAUUAAGUUGGCCACUGCUGACAUUCUGACAGGAUUAUCAAAAAACACAAUCACUUUAAAGUGGGAAGAUGAUGGUUCUUCCUCUGUUGAAAUUUCUGGGCUCGACAUUGGCUGGGGCCAGAGAAUUCCUUUGACAUAUGAUGAGGAGAGAGGAGCUUGGUUUCUUGAGAAAGAGUUGCCUGAAGGACGGUAUGAAUACAAAUACAUAGUGGAUGGCAAGUGGCUAUGCAACGAGCAUGAGAUGUUGACGAAACCGAACGCUGACGGUCACGUGAACAACUAUGUCCAGGUCUCCAGAGACGGUACCAGUGACGAAGAGAAGGAGCUAAGGGAGCGGUUGACUGGUCCAGACCCUGUUCUCACGGACGAGGAAAGGCUGAUGAUCAGAGAGUACUUGGAACAGUAUGCGGAUGCCGGGGAGCGCUAGGAAGGUCUGGUGUAUAAACAAGCAAGCGCAUUGGGAUUUGGUGGUACUGGGUACUAAUAAGUAUGUACGUAUGUAUGACAUAAACUGCAGAAGAAUGGGCUCGGGUGCAGUCUGGGAGCAGAACAGUAGACCAUGGUGAUGCCUGAUGCAGAGACGAGACGACGGACCGAAGCCGACCUGACCGCACCUUGCUUCCUUCCCUUCCCGGAAACGUCGGGCUUCCUUCCCCCUGUUGUCCAUAGUACAGUAGCUUAACCGUGGAAAAGGGCACAUUCUGCUCGCAUAGUUGAAGGACCAAAUUGUACGUAAGUAUUGUUGAACAGCUGUGCAGAAAUAAUAAGUAGUAGCGUCAAACUAGUGACUGGAAUAAUAUUAAUAGUAAUAAAGUUACUAGUGCAUGUUCCUGAAUGAAUGAAUAAAGAGUAAUCUUUUGGAUCGCUGUUA